GGGUUCACUUGGUCAAGAAGAAAUAAAAAACCGAAUCGGAUUAAAGAGUAAAAGUGGGAGGAGGGAGAGGGUAGGCUCGACGACCAGUAUCCAGUAGUGUGCUGGGUUAUGUGCGUUGACGUGGUUGUGGUAGAUGGACGCGGUGGUGAAGUGCCAAUGGAACUGAGUGCCAGUGACGAGUGUGCGUGACCAAUACCCGGCCAGCUCCUACACAAGGGUGCUGGCGUGACAUAAAGUGAUGAGUGUAGUGGACACAGCGACGGCUUGGUACAGCUACUACCCUCGCCUGUCGCAGCCCACUAUGCGAGAGAAGGACUCGAGCCCCCGCAAGAUGGUGUUGCCUACUAGUGGCCACAGUUCGCCCAAGCAAGCGGCCGUCUACCCUCUGUCUAUCAGAGUGCCCGAGCCCCAAGAUGACCAGCCUGCUGACGAGAUGCCUUUUGACCUGUCGAGAAAUACGAGGUCCUCCGGGCCCCACAUGUCUCCAGCGGGUAGACCUCCCCCAGGACCCGCCGGUGAUAGGGAUGACGACCAGCCCUUGGAUCUCAGAGUCGACCAUAAGAAGUUGACACUCAGGAGGGACAUGGAAGAUGAAAAUCAGAAUUUGAUUCUUCGGACUCCUUCUCCAAUCGAGAAUGGUCCUAUGUCUCCCUCUGAAAAAGACGCUGAACUCCAACUGAGAGUUCGAGAUAGAAACCCUAGUCCGGAGGUUCAUAGCCCUAGAGCGUUGAAUUCCUAUCCCGUACUAUUUCCUCCUCAACCGAUCCACCCCAUGAUGUUGGAGAUGUACCGAGGGGUAGACAAAGUUCCCAGGUUACCUAUUCCCUAUUCGACCGCUAGUCCGCCGGGUUACCACCACGGCCGUUCUUACCUCUUCCCCAACCCGUCGCUGCUCAACGGCCACCCGGCUCCACCCCCGACCUCUCCUCACUUCGACGUGAUGCGUGCUCAGCACCCGGCACUGCAAAACUCCUCACCGAAGCCUUACCCAGAGGUGGCGUCGGGUGUCGGGGGCAAGCUCAACAAGGACCGGUACGCGUGCAAGUUCUGUGGCAAGGUGUUCCCUCGAUCGGCUAAUCUGACGAGGCAUCUGAGAACGCACACGGGCGAGCAGCCAUACAAGUGCAAGUAUUGCGAACGCUCCUUCAGUAUCUCAUCCAACCUACAACGCCAUGUUAGGAAUAUUCACAAUAAGGAGAAACCGUUCAAGUGUCAGUUGUGCGAUCGGUGUUUCGGUCAACAGACCAACCUAGACCGCCACCUGAAGAAACAUGACGCGGACGGUCCGACGAUCAUGGACGACAGGAACGGCGGAGGGAGAAGUCCCUCGGUCGUGCAUCCCAACUGCAGACCGCGGAUGAUCGGAGAAGAAGGCUACUUCGAAGAAAUGCGGUCCUUCAUGCGUAAAGUGAGUGCGGAAGAAAAUAUGACGAUGAUUCACAGAACAAUCGUACCGCCACCUAGUUACGGGUUCGGCCAUUCGCACCCGCAAGAGGACGUGGACGGGCGGAAACAAAGAGACAGUUUGAGUAGCAGUGACAAAGAUAACUUUUCUUCGCGUUCCUCGACGUCUAGCAUGGGUUCGUUUUUACCGCCGGCCUCACCUAUGAAGGAAGGCCCUGGGUCACCAACAGAUAGUCACCGGGAGGAUGGGGACCGUGUGGAGGUGGCAGGGACCAACAACACUUGAGACCUUCAUGGGUCAGAGAGCGAGUGCUAGUCAUCCCGAGGAGUGUGCAUACAGACUUACGAUUUGUACCAUUUUAUCGUAUUUUAUUUAAGUUACCAAGUUCUAUUUCUUCUUCCACUGUCCUUACUCUAAGUUUAAAUCCUGCCAGAGCAACUUUAGUGCUCAAUAAUAUAUUUUCACAUGUGUUCAGCAAUUUAGGGUAGGCAUAUACUAAAUGUUCUUUAACUUGGUAAGCAGCAUUUCCGUUACUUUUGUCAGAGUAUAUAAGUUAAUAAAAUAGGGGUUUUCCAGUUCUGAGCAAAGCUGAUCCUAUAUGCACCAAAAUGUCUUCGAUCAAGUACAUACUUAAAUGAAUAAAAAUAUUUGUUGUUAAUACAGUAUCGAGAACCACUAUGAGGCUUAAAAUAAAACGAUAACUUUACCUAAAAUCUCUCAACAUUGAAUCUACCACUUAUCAAAUGUAUACAGUAUGCAUUUUAAUUAAGAAAAGUAUUUCCCAAAUAACUAUAGAAGACAAAAUUACAUUCGGUAAGUAAAAUAGAGCGUCAAAUUUCUUAAAUUUUUUCAGUGAUAUCACCUUUCAAAAAGCCGUAAACAAAUUAACCACAUAAACAUAUCUAGAUCAACAUUCGUGAUUGAGUGAAAUCCGGUUGAGCCCACCCACCAUUUGGCGAAAGCAGUCGCCUAAUGUAUUAUACUGGGCCCUUAACCGACAAAUCAAAACCUGGCGGGGAAAGUGACCUCUUAGCAGCAACUUAAUUAGACGAACUGGAAAUUUGAGAGGAAUCAAUCCCAACAGCUGCUACUCAAGUAUACACAGAUUUCCCAGGGAUAUUGUGAGAUUGAUUAAAUUAAAAAAAGGAAAUAAUUCCAUAAUUCUAAAUAAACACUUGUAGCAAAGUGUAUUUUAAUUUAUUUUCAUCUCUAGAAUAGAUAAGUAAAUCAUAACAUCCAAAAUUGAUUUAACUUUUAUAAUUACAAGUGCAAAAAAUUUUAUUGGAUUUUAUUUUUCAUGUUGGAUUUUAUUGUUUAUUGAAGUAUAUAUCUAUCUGAUUUCAGACAUUCAGAAACAUCAGUGGUUUUAAGAAAGGGUAGAAAAAUAUUAAAAAUUAUUUCUGAUUAAUCUUGUUGGUUGCCCACAAGAAAACUUUGGAACUUAAGUUGCUGCCAUUGCAAAUCAAGAAGUUAUAAUAAAGAGUUUAAUACAGAUAACCAGUGGUGUACUUUUAAUACAAAAUAUGUCAAAUUAAAAUAUUUUAGAACAACUAUAAAAGGCUACAUUAAAAUGUAUUCGGAAUUUCUUUCUUGUUUCUUAAGCAUGUUCUUUGUACUGUAGUAAUCAAACUGUGAAGUAAACAUCUAUAUCGAAUGUUUUUAAUUAGAUCUUGGGAUUGAAUUCCGACAAAUGUAAUUGUCAAUGCCGCUUUAUUAUUAAUUACCUUAAUGUAAGUUUACAAUAGUCAUAUAGUUCUUCCACAAAUUUUAAAUAGUGUGUACAAAUUUUAAAGAAUUGUCCCUAGCUUGUUAUAUAUCUUUAGUGGUUUUAGUUUGUUGUUCUAUUCUUUAAAACUUGUACUUUCUAGAGCCCUUUAAUUACGGUAAAAUUCUGACACCUUGUUAAAUUUGAUUGCUGUUAUAUUUUUGUUAGCUUUUCAAGUGUUUACUACAUUCUACUUCACUUUUAAAAUUAUUAUAGUUAAAGUUGGAUCUAAUUUGCUCUCUUGUGCUCUCUAAAAAUUCAAAUUUGUUCCUAUUUUUAUUUUAUAAAAAGAUUAAACUUAACAUGGCUUAUGGUAGCCAGGUAACUAAAAUACGAUCAGGUAAUAUGUUCCCUAUGACAAUUGAAUGGACAAAAAUGUGUAUGAAAACUAAUUUUAAUGUUCUGUUUUUACGUAGUUUUAAUGUAUUCUUAGUUUUGUUGGAAUGAUAGCUUUAUAGCUCUGUGAUAUAGUCUUGGUGUAUUGUGUUAUUCACUGACUGGUUGACCCAUUUUUACAUGUUGGUAACUGUUUUGUUUGUAUCGAUGGAUUUUUGAAAAGAAUAAUUGCGUUGGUAUGUCCUUAGCAAUGACAUUUUCUAUGUCGUAUGAUUUAUGUAUGAAUCGCUAAAUACUUUUAAAAAGUUUCGUAUAACGGAUUGUUUUCAUUUAUAAAGACAGCGUCUUCUGGUUCCUCCCUCACUUAAGUAAAGUCGUCAAAAGGUUAUGCCUUUUAUUAGCUUAGUGGUAAAAUUAUACAAUUUUAGAAUGUAUGCCUUCGAGGAUAUGAUUGUUUAGAUAAAAAGUAACCAAUUCUAAAAAGAGCUUACACACGAUCACCAUUAAUUCCACAAUAUUUUCAAAUUACAAAUUUAGAAGUUUUGCUCUACACAGAUGAAUCCAAGCUAUACUGAAGUGAAAGGAAUUGUUUUGUAAGCUACCGAACAGCAAAGUACUUUGUAAGAAUUGAACAUUCGCAUGGAAUUAAGUACAAUUGAAAAUGAAAAUCAUAAAAUGUUACCAUAACUGUUAGGGAAGGGUGCUUCUAUCCCUAGUCAGUAUACCACGCAACUUGUAUAUACAGAGAAAAGGUCGCGACAUGUACAAACUCUAGGUAUUUAUUCAGAUAAGAUUUAAUAUAUUGACAGUUUUGUAAAGAAUUUACGUAGACUGUAUAAGUAGUUUUCACUAUAUAUAUUUGUACUGCCGGACAUUGUGAAUGUCCUUUUAUAUGAAUUUGUAUACAAUAUGAUUUUUUCGAUAAGAGAAUAAAUAUAUUUAAUAUACUGUUA